GUGGCUAUGGAGGAACCCCAGGCUGCAGGCCUGCUGACCAAGGCAAGUCUCAGCAUGACUCCUGAGGCUCCUCCGAGGGGCUCUCAAGGGAAGAUGGGGGUCAGGACCCCAGAAGAGGCUCCCACAGGCCCCAGCCCGUCCCUAGAAGAACCUGUUGGGCAUUCCGGGCCUCUCAACAACUUCAGGGACGCAGCAGUUGCUGCAGGACAGGAGACAGAGGAGGGUGCAGGGGUGAGGGGCAGAACCCCUGGUGCGGGGAGGACUGGCCUGGAGCAGGGCCCCUCUGCUGCAGCAGCAAACACUGGGCUCCAGGUGAGCAGUUUGCAGGGGACCCCAUCACCAGCUGGCCAGGGGGUGUUGUCCUGCCAUCCGAGGGCCUGGGAGGCAGAUGUGGGAGACUCAAGGCUCCUGGGAACAGAGACUGAGCUGGCAGAGCAGGAGGUAUUGGGGAUCCAGAAGACAGAUACAGGGGGAUCAAGGUUCUCAGAAAGAGAUACUGGGACAGCAGCAGUGGAGAUGUUGGAGGCCCAAGGGAUGGAGGCAACAAGAUCAGGGAUCCUAGAGCUAGAGGCUACUGGGAUGGCAGAACUGGGGAUACUGGCGGCGCAGGGAAAAGAGCUGAAGCCUCCAGGAAAGCUGGGGACAGAGGCUGGGAUACCAGAACCUGAGGUCUUGGGGCCCCAGAAAACAGAGGCUGGGGUUUCAGCAGUUCUGGGGAUUAGAAGAGUUGAGGCAGACAUGCUAGAGACCCAGGAGGGAUCUGGGGAUACUGGUAUACUGAGAACAGAAGCUGAGGUACCAGAAUCUGAGAUAUUGGAGGCCAAGAAAACAGAGAUGGGAGGUUCUGGGAAACUAGAGACAGAGGCUAGUGGGGUAGAGGCUGAGAUAUUGGGGAUCCAGAAGAUAGCAGCUGAGUACCCAGGGGUUCUAGAGACAGAAGCCAAAAUGGCAGAGUCUGAGAUAUUGGGGGCCCAGGAGACAGAAGUGGGCGCUCAGGGACAGAUUUCAGGAACAGAGAUGGGAACAUCAGAAAUGGAGAUACAGGAGAUCGCGUCUGUGGGUUUAGGGGCUCCUGGGAUUCAGUCUGAGAGAACAGAGGCCCACCAGACAAAAGUGGGGGAUUCAGAAGUUACAGUGGCAGGAACGGAGACAGCAGAAGCUGAGAUAGUGAGGUCUCAGGAGACAGAAAUAGGGGUUUCUAGGGCCUCAGAAAUAGAAGCUGAGAUGCUAGAGUCUGAGCUAUUAGGGGUCCAAGAGACAGAGGUAGAGGUUUCUGGGGCCUCAGGAACAGAAGCUGAGAUAAAGUCUGAAAUACUGGGGACUCAGGAGACAGACAUAGGGGUUUCCAAGGCUGAGACAGUAGAGUCUGAGAUACUGAGGUCCCAGGAGACAGAGGUAGGGGGCUCCAGGCCCUCAGGAACAGAAGCUGAGAUAGACUCUGAGAUACUGGAGACCCAGGAGGCAGAAGGAGAGGGUGCAGGGGCUCUGGUAAUAGGAAUGAGGACGGCAGAAACUGAGACCCUGGGGAAGGAGAUGGCAGGUGGAGGUUCCGGAAUCUCAGAGACAGAAGCCGAGCUAGCUGGGACCCAGGAGACAGAAGUGGAGGGUACAGAAGUCCCAGGGCCAGAGACUGGUGAAGCAGAUGACGAGGUACUCAGGGCCCAAGGGUCAGAAGGCACAGUUCCAGGGGCUGAGGAGGGGGCCCAGAAGGAUGGAGUUUGGGGAGUGCUCAAAUAUGAGGCCUUAAAGGUCCCAUUUCAUAAUCAAGAAGUUUUAGGGUCCCAGAACAUAGAGGCAGAGAUAUCAGAAGCACAAGAGGCAGAAGCUAAAGUUUUCACUGACCAGGGGACAGAGGCUAGGAAAUCUGAGGUGUUAGGGUCUCAGGAAGUAGAAAUGGCAGCCUUAGGGGCUCUAGAGAACAAAUCUGGUAUUUUUGAGGCCCAGGAAACCGAGUCUGGGGUCUUAGGAACCAAGAAGGGGAAAGCAGCUGGGGGAAGCCUCCCGGAGGCCAGCCUGACGGAGGCACAGGUGGCCAGUGGGGCAGAGGCUGGGGAGCCCAAGCCCACUGGGGCCUCUUCCCCAGAGGAGCCUGAAGAGGACAGGAGGCUGCCAGGCAGCCAGGUGCCAUGUGCCCAGGUCAGCUCCAGCCAGUCUCUGCUGGAGUGGUGCCAGGAGGUCACCGCUGGCUACCAGGGUGUCUGCAUCACCAACUUCACCACAUCCUGGCGCAACGGCCUGGCCUUCUGUGCUAUCUUGCACCGAUUCCACCCAGAAAAGAUCGACUACGCCGCCCUCGACCCGCUCAACAUCAAACAGAACAACAAGCAGGCUUUCGAUGGCUUUGAAGCCCUGGGCGUGUCGCGGCUGCUGGAGCCCGCGGACAUGGUGCUGCUGUCGGUGCCCGACAAGCUGAUCGUCAUGACUUACCUGUGCCAGAUCCGCGCCUUCUGCACUGGGCAGGAGCUGCAGCUGGUGCAGCUGGAGGGCGGGGGCCGCGCGGGCACCUACCGCGUGGGCGCGCCGGCCCCGCAGCCCGAAGACCUGGACGCGGGCGGCCUGGCGCGGCGGCUGCGCGAGCGCGGGGCCGAGGCGGGGCCCGCGGCGCCCGGGGAGGCGGCCGGCGGCGGGGCGCCCUCCGCCUGCGCCCCGCAGGACGGCGAGGCCGCGGCGGCCAGGGCGGCGCCCGCCGCAGAGGCCCCGGCGGCGUCCAGCGAGGAGCUGGUGAACGGGGCUGGGGCCGGGACGCCGGGCGGGGCCGGCGUGAAGCUGCGGCGGCCGUCGGUGAACGGGGAGGCGGGGCCGGUGCCGCCGCCCCGGGCGCACGGCUCCUUUUCCCACGUGCGGGACGCGGAUCUCCUGAAGAAGAGGCGCUCGAGGCUGCGGAGCAGCAACUCCUUCUCGGCGGAUGAGCCGGACGCGGGGGCCGCGGGGGCCGGGCCUGCGGAAGGCCCGAUCCCUGACCCCAGCUCUGUCCCCGGCCCCAGCCCUGCCCCUGGCCCUCUGGCUGCCACAGCCCUGCAGCAGCCUGCUGGUGGGAGUCCCCCCUCAGAGGAGGAGGUACCCCUAAUUCCAGGGGAGGAGUCUGGACUGCAACGGUUCCAGGACACAAGUCAGUAUGUGUGUGCAGAGCUGCAGGCCCUGGAACAGGAGCAGAGACAGAUAGAUGGACGGGCAGCGGAGGUGGAGACACAGUUGAGGAGCCUCAUGGAAUCAGGUGUCAACAAGCUGGAGGAGGAAAUGCUGAUCCAGGAGUGGUUCACCCUGGUCAACAAGAAGAACGCCCUCAUCCGUAGACAGGACCAGCUGCAGCUACUCAUCGAGGAGCAGGACCUGGAGCGGAGGUUCGAACUGCUGAGCCGGGAGCUGCGCGCCAUGCUGGCAAUCGAAGAUUGGCAGAAAACCGUGGCACAGCAGCACCGGGAGCAGCUCCUGCUGAAGGAGCUGGUAUCUCUGGUGAACCAGCGGGACGAGCUGGUCCGCGACCUGGACCACAAGGAGCGGAUCGCCCUGGAGGAGGACGAGCGCCUGGCGCGCGGCCUGGAGCAGCGGCGCCGCAAGCUGAGCCGGCAGCUGAGCCGGCGGGAACGCUGCGCGCUGAGCUGAGCCCCGGGGCCCGGCUGCCUCCGCGGGGCCGGUGCCCGCUCGCCUUGCCGGGGAGCCUGGACGCCCAGCCGGCGGACCCCAACCCUGCGGUGUCCACGCGCUCCAGGCCGUAUUUAUUUGUCGGUAUGAAUGUGUGCGUGUGUGUCCCCAAUGGCUCAGGGACCUUGGGGGACCAGGACCCUUGCGCCACCCCCACUCCCCAACCCUUCCUGAGACUCCCGAGCAAUAAAGCCGGACACCGACA